AUGAAUGUCGAUCAUCGAGUUAUUGCAUUAAUUGAUAUGGAUUGUUUCUAUGUUCAAGUUGAACAACGACUUCAACCAGAAUUUCUUGGUAAACCAUGUGGUGUUGCACAAUAUUAUACAUGGAAAGGCGGUGGUCUUAUCGCGGUAAAUUAUGAAGCUCGUGAUUUUGGUGUUAAACGAGGUAUGCGAGGUGAACAAGCAAAAGAACUUUGUCCUGAUUUUCAUGUAUUUCAUGUUCAAGAAGUAAAUGGAAAAGCAAACUUAACUAGAUAUCGAGAUGCUAGUGCUGAUGUAUUUCGUGUUUUAAAUGCAAAUUAUAAACUUGUUGAAAAAGCAAGUAUUGAUGAAGCUUAUGUUGAUUUAACUGAAGAUAUUCAACGAUUGAAAGAAAGUCAACUGAAAUUAACAAUAGAUGAUUUUCCAUCAACACAUUUAGCUGGUUUUACAACGAAAACAAAUGAUGAACGAAUAGAAAUUGUUAAUAAAUGGUUAAAAGAUUGUGAAUUAGAUGAUGAAAAACGGAAUUAUGAUCUUGUACUUGGUGCUUAUCUUGUUGAAAAACUUCGAAAAAAAGUUAAAGAAGAAACCGGAUUUUUUUGUUCAGCUGGUAUUGCUCGAAAUAAAAUUUUAGCUAAAUUAUGUUGUGGAUUCAAUAAGCCAAGAAAACAAACUAUUCUAACACAUUCUGAUAUUGAUCAUGUAUUUGAUAAUACACCUGUACAAAAAAUUCAAGGUUUAGGUGGAAAAGCAGGUGACCGUGUUAUGGAAUUAUUUAAAGUUGAUAAUAUGGGUCAAUUAAGAAAAUAUUCACUCGAUGCACUUCAAGCAUCUCUAGGUGAAAGUAAUGGAUGUUGGUUAUAUAAUUUAGUUCGAGGAAUUGAAACAACACCUGUUAGUAGUAGAAAUUUAUAUAAAUCAAUAUCUGCAAGUAAAAAUUUUCCUGGCAAAACAUCUUUGGAUACUACAGAGAAAGUUCGUUCAUGGUGUCAAAAUUUAGCUGAAGAAGUUUUUAAUCGAUUAGAAAAAGAUCGUGCAGAGAAUAAACGUCGUGCAAAACUUUUAACAGUUACAUGUACAUCAGCUACAAAUGAAACAAUAGCUCGUUCAUGUCCUAUAAAUGAAUAUUCAAUCGAUCGAUUUGCUAAUGAUGCUUAUCGAAUAUUAAAACAAUUUAAUAAAAGUCCUUCUACAUCUAAUAUUUAUUCACCAGCUAUUACUAAUCUUGGUAUUGGUGCUGGAAAAUUUCUAGAUAGUGUUAAUAGUAGAUCAAUAGCUGAUUUAUUUUCAAAACAAACAAAUAAAUCUGAACAAAUAAUAUCAACUGAAAAUACAAUCAAUUGGCAAGAAGAAGAUGAAGAUGAAGAUAAUGAACAAGAAGAAACCAUUACGGAAAAACCACCAUCACCACCAGUAAUAUCACCAGUUAAAGGUGAUUUCUUUCGGAAAUUUCAAAAAAAUGAUGAACAAAUGAAAACACCUGCAAAAAUUGAAACAAAACCAUCAUCAUCAUCAUCAAUUACAUCAUUUUUUUCUCGUUAUACAACAAAUGAAAAUAGUUGUAAUUCAAUACCUGAACAAUCCGAUGAUCGAUAUAUAACUUGUACAAAAUGUAAUAAGCCUAUUUUAGCAUGGGAUAUGCCUGAACAUGAAGAUUUUCAUUAUGCACGUGAAUUGCAGAAAGAAGAAAAUAAAAAUACAUUUCAACCAGCAACUAUAAUAAAACCAACAAAACCAAUGAAACGUAAAAAUGAAAAGCAACAAAAUGAUAAUCAUACACUCGAUGCAUUUAUUAAUAAAAAAUCGAAAAAUCAAUAG